AUGUUGCUGGAAUAUUUGUUACUAAAGAGAAGAAUGUUGAAACGUCGUCGGUGGUGGGUUCGGCCAGUAAAUCGGAUGAGAGAUGCCCAAGGUUUUUACUUCAAUCUUUUCAAGGAAUUGGUUGAAACUGAUCAUGAAGAAUUUUUUGGAUUAUUCCGGAUGUCGCCUAAUCAGUUUCAUAUCUUGGUUGAACUCCUUCAUCCUCAUCUUAAAAAACGAAGUAUUCGGACACCACUACCAACAGACCUUCGUGUUUCUGUUACAUUGUUAUACUUGGCUCAAGGAGAUACAACCAGAUUGAAACAUGCUGAAUUUAGAAUUGGGACAUCAACAGUAUAUAAAAUCAUACACGAAACUUGCACAGCAAUUUGGGAUGUACUUCAGCCUCUUGUUCUAAAAACUCCCAGCAAAGAAGACUGGAAGACCAUUAGUGAUGGUUUUAUGACAUGGCAGUUUCCCAAUUGUGUAGGAGCCAUCGAUGGCAGACAUAUGAGGAUUCAAGCACCUGUGAAUUCAGGCUCGAAUUAUUAUAAUUAUAAACAAUUUUUCAGUAUGGUUAUGAUGGCAACGUGUGAUGCAAAGUACAAGUUUACAUGGGUGGAUGUUGGGCAAUUUGGUUCCAUAAGUGAUGGUGGGGUAUGGGCCAACACUAAAUUUGCAAACGAUUUGUCAUCUGGAAAUGUGUCUUUGCCUGAUCCCAGUCCACUUCCAGGAGAAGAGAUACCCUUCCCUUAUAUGUUUGUGGGAGAUGAAGCUUUCCCACUCACGAAUUAUAUAAUGCGACCGUACUCAAGAAAAACAUUGACAGACGAAAAUAGAAUUUUUAAUUACCGUUUGUCACGAGCACGGCGAGUAAUAGAGAACAUCUUUGGAAUUUUAACAGCACGAUGGAAGAUCUUAUAA